AUGUCCGACACGCGACAGAAAAACGUGAUAGUGAGCAAACCCAUUCUGUAUGGAUCAGUGGCCACGUAUCUUGGGCGGAAGGCCGAAGAGACCAAGACCCAUCGGUGGUCCAUCUAUUUGCGCGGUGUUGACAAUGAGGACCUGUCAUAUAUUAUCAGCAAGGUCGUGAUUAGUUUACACGUGAGCUUUGCGAACCCGGUUCGAGUGUUAACAGAACCACCGUAUGAAGUCACGGAACUCGGUUGGGGCGAGUUUGAAACGCGGAUCCAGAUUUACUUUCACGAUCCAAACGAGCGACCGAUCAGUAUUAUCCACUUGCUGGUGCUUUAUCCACCCAAUAGCCAGCCUGCCAGUACGAAAAAGCCCGUGGUAAGCGAGUUCUAUGACGAACUCGUGUUCAAUGAGCCUACCGAGUUCUUUUACAAGAAAAUGAUGGCGGGACCAGACCGUCAGUCGCCGCCGCUGACUAUGCAGGACCAGUUGCCCACGUACUCAGACGUGGAAGUUCUAAAGACGCUGGCUCAUGCCGAGGCGUUUGUGCAGAAAGAGAUUCAGGAUGCAAAAACACUGGUGCUGAGUGCUGAUAUGGAGAUUCGAGAGCUCAAGGAGCGUAUCUCGGAACACACACAGAAGAAGAAACAGAUGGACAAACUGGUAGUAACACCUGCGUGUCCGACCCCUUUGCCCUGA